UCUCUCUCUCCCUCUUUCUGUGCCUUUGCCUUUGCCAUCUGCUAGAGAGAGCACUUUCUUUUCAUUUCCUCUCGAAAAACUAAAAUCUAAUUGCAGAAGAUAGCAAUUUUUUUUUUUUUUUUUUUUGCGUUUUAAAUAAAAACAAAAAUAUCUAUGGUGGUUUUAAUGUUGAUAUCUCAAUCUCUACGCUUCAAUUUGCAAAAUCUCUAAAUGACUUUCACGACCAGUGAAUGGCUCGAUUUUACUCUUCUGUUACUCUCUUUUUCAAUUUCGCCAUUAUCAUAACCACAACAUUGAUCUCGAACCCUAAUUUUGUUAUCUCCUCUAAUAACGUACACACUUCUUUCUCAAUAAUCGAUUACGAUUCAAAUCUCUUCCACCAGGAUUAUUCCCCCCCGUCGCCACCACCUCCACCGCCGCACGCACCGUCGGUUUCAUGCACCGACGAUCUCGGCGGCAUAGGUUCAUUAGACACGACAUGUCGUAUUAUAUCAGAUGUGAAUCUUACUCGUGACGUGUAUAUAGCAGGGAAAGGAAACUUUUAUAUCCAUCCCGGUGUGAGUUUUAAUUGUCUAUCUUUUGGUUGUUCAGUUACUAUUAACAUUACAGGAAAUUUUACUUUAUCAAUCAAUGCAUCGAUUGUGACUAGUAGCUUCGAGCUUGUUGCUUAUAAUGCGAGUUUUUCAAACAACUCGGUUGUCAAUACAACUGGAUUGGCUGGUAACCCCCCGCCGCAGACUAGUGGGACCCCACAAGGGAUUGAUGGAGCUGGGGGUGGACAUGGAGGGAGAGGUGCUUGUUGUUUAGUUGAUGAUAAGAAGCUUCCGGAGGAUGUUUGGGGAGGUGAUGCAUAUUCAUGGUCUUCGUUGCAGAUUCCAAAUAGUUAUGGAAGUAGAGGUGGCAGUACUAGUAAGGAAGUGAAUUAUGGAGGUGGUGGUGGUGGAAAAGUCAAAUUUACAAUAUCCGAGUAUUUGGUUGUGGAUGGUGGAAUAUUGGCUGAUGGUGGUGAUGGUGGGAGUAAGGGAGGUGGUGGUUCAGGCGGUAGUAUCUUCAUUAAGGCUUAUAAAAUGACUGGAAGUGGCAGAAUUAGUGCUUGUGGAGGUAGCGGUUUUGCUGGUGGUGGUGGUGGGAGAGUUUCCGUUGACAUUUUCAGUAGGCAUGAUGACCCCCAAAUUUUUGUACAUGGAGGCAGUAGUUUUGGCUGUCCAGAAAAUGCAGGUGCUGCUGGUACUUUAUAUGAUGCUGUUCCCCGGAGCCUUAUUGUUAGCAAUCACAAUAUGUCAACAGAUACAGAGACACUUCUUUUAGAUUUCCCUUACCAGCCUCUUUGGACAAAUGUUUAUGUUCGAAAUCAUGCCAGGGCUACUGUACCUUUGCUUUGGAGCCGUGUCCAGGUCCAAGGACAGAUUAGUUUGCUGUGCCAUGGAGUGCUGAGCUUUGGAUUAGCUCAUUAUGCUUCAUCUGAGUUUGAAUUAUUGGCAGAAGAACUCUUGAUGAGUGAUUCUGUAAUCAAGGUAUAUGGGGCUUUACGCAUGACCGUAAAGAUUUUCUUAAUGUGGAAUUCCAAAAUGAUCGUAGAUGGUGGUGAAGAUACAACUGUUACAACUUCUUGGCUUGAGGCUAGUAAUCUAAUUGUUCUCAAGGAGUCAUCUGUCAUUCAAUCUAAUGCAAAUCUGGGAGUUCAUGGACAGGGUUUAUUGAAUUUGUCAGGACCAGGCGAUUCAAUUGAAGCUCAACGUCUGGUUCUAUCACUAUUCUACAGCAUUCAUGUUGGACCUGGAUCUGUUUUGCGUGGUCCUCUGCAGAAUGCAACUAGUGAUGCUGUUACACCAAGGCUUUAUUGUGAACUUCAAGAUUGCCCUAUUGAAUUACUUCAUCCUCCUGAAGACUGCAAUGUGAACUCAUCUUUGUCUUUUACUCUUCAGAUAUGCCGAGUGGAGGAUAUCACUGUUGAAGGACUUAUAAAAGGAUCUGUUGUCCAUUUCCAUCGCGCGAGAACUGUAUCUGUCCUAUCUUCUGGAAGAAUUAGUGCAUCUGGGAUGGGCUGCACAGGUGGUGUUGGUAGAGGUCAUGUUCUGGAAAAUGGUAUUGGCAGUGGUGGCGGCCAUGGUGGCAAAGGUGGGCUUGGAUGUUAUAAUGGUAGCUGUAUUGAGGGCGGUAUGUCAUAUGGAAAUGUGGAGUUGCCUUGUGAACUGGGUAGCGGAAGUGGAGAUGAAAGCUCAGCCGGUUCAACUGCUGGCGGUGGUAUUAUAGUAAUGGGCUCAUUGGAUCAUCCGUUGUCAAGUUUGUCUGUUGAAGGCUCAGUAAGAGCCGACGGAGAAAGUUUUCAACAAACUGUCAAGCUGGGAAAGCUCACUGUAAAAAAUGACACCACUGGAGGUCCUGGGGGUGGUUCUGGAGGAACUAUACUUAUGUUCUUGCAUACAUUAGAUCUUAGCGAGUCUGCUGUUCUUUCAAGUGGUGGAGGGUAUGGUAGCCAAAACGGGGCUGGUGGAGGAGGUGGUGGAAGGAUUCACUUCCAUUGGUCAGACAUUCCCACUGGAGAUGUAUAUCAGCCAAUUGCUAGUGUUAAAGGAAGCAUCCUUUUUGGGGGAGGAACGGGUAGAGAUGAGGGUUGUGCUGGAGAAAAUGGAACAGUAACUGGAAAAGCUUGCCCAAAAGGGCUAUUUGGAGUGUUUUGCGAGGAAUGCCCAGCUGGUACUUUUAAGAAUGUUACUGGGUCCGAGAGAUCUCUUUGCCAUCCUUGCCCUGCCAAUGAGCUUCCCCAUCGUGCUGUUUAUGUUGCUGUCCGAGGUGGUAUUGCUGAAACACCAUGUCCUUACAAAUGCAUCUCAGACAGAUUUCACAUGCCGCAUUGUUAUACUGCGCUUGAAGAGUUGAUUUACACAUUUGGUGGGCCAUGGUUAUUUUGUCUUCUUCUUGUGGCUCUUCUCAUCCUCUUAGCCUUGGUGCUUAGUGUUGCUCGGAUGAAAUUUGUCGGUGUUGAUGAAUUGCCAGGCCCAGCUCCCACCCAACAUGGCUCUCAAAUAGAUCAUUCAUUCCCUUUCUUGGAGUCACUGAAUGAGGUUUUAGAAACAAAUAGGGCUGAGGAGUCUCAGAACCACGUGCAUAGGAUGUAUUUUAUGGGCCCUAAUACUUUUAGCGAACCUUGGCAUCUUCCGCACACUCCUCCUGAACAAAUAAAAGAGAUAGUAUAUGAGAGUGCAUAUAAUUCAUUUGUGGAUGAGAUUAAUGCUAUAACUGCUUAUCAAUGGUGGGAGGGUGCCAUGUAUAGCAUUCUUUCUGCUUUAUUAUAUCCGCUUGCAUGGUCUUGGCAGCAGUGGCGACGGAGAAUAAAGUUGCAAAAGUUGCGUGAGUUUGUUCGGUCCGAGUAUGAUCAUGCUUGCUUGCGUUCUUGUCGCUCACGGGCUUUAUAUGAAGGGCUUAAGGUAGCUGCAACUCCUGACUUAAUGCUUGCAUAUCUGGAUUUCUUCCUUGGUGGAGAUGAAAAGAGAACAGAUCUUCCUCCCCGCCUGCAUCAGAGGUUUCCAAUGUCUAUAAUUUUUGGAGGUGAUGGAAGUUACAUGGCUCCUUUUUCAAUUCAAAGUGAUAAUAUUCUCACAAGCCUUAUGAGCCAGACGGUCCCACCUACCACUUGGUACCGUAUGGUGGCUGGUUUGAAUGCACAACUUCGCCUGGUUCGCCGUGGGCGUCUACGAGUAACAUUCCGAUCUGUUAUUAAAUGGCUUGAAACUCAUGCCAAUCCUGCAUUAAGAAUCCAUGGGAUUCGUGUUGAUCUUGCAUGGUUUCAGGCCACAGCUUGUGGUUAUUGCCAGUAUGGGCUCUUGGUUUAUGCUAUUGAAGAAGAAACUGGUGAAAGUAUAGAUGGUGGUAAACAAACUCUUCAAGAGUCACGUAUACAUAGUACUCACGGAGGAAACCCAUCUGGUCCACUAGGAGUUGAUGCAAUCUCAAGCCUAGUUCCCAGAAGCAGUGAGAAUUACACAAGGCGGAAAAAGAGUUAUUGGGGGAGUAUAGAUACUAACAACUUACAAAUGCUUGAAGAGAAGAGAGAUAUAUUUUGCCUUCUCUCUUUUAUAAUUCACAAUACUAAACCUGUUGGCCACCAGGAUCUUGUUGGUUUGGUCAUCUCAAUGCUACUUCUAGGAGAUUUUAGCUUAGUGUUGCUUACUUUGCUCCAAUUGUAUUCCAUUUCAUUGGUGGACGUCCUUCUGGUUUUGCUUAUUUUACCUCUUGGUAUUCUUCUGCCAUUUCCUGCCGGAAUCAAUGCCUUGUUCAGUCAUGGACCUAGGCGUUCUGCUGGUCUUGCACGUAUCUAUGCUUUGUGGAACGUUAUGUCCUUGAUUAAUGUUGUUGUUGCUUUUGUUUGUGGAUAUGUUCACUAUCACAGUCAAUCGUCCUCAAGUAAGAAGUUCCCAUUUCAGCCAUGGAAUAUUAGCAUGGAUGAAAGUGAAUGGUGGAUAUUUCCGGCUGGACUAGUUCUUUGUAAGAUCUUACAAUCUCAACUUGUUAAUUGGCAUGUUGCAAAUUUGGAGAUUCAAGACAGGUCACUGUACAGUAGCGAUUUUGAGCUCUUCUGGCAGUCAUGAUAAUAUGCCAAAAGGACAUUCCACAUUGACGAGGUUCUUUUUUGUUCUCGUUUUGUAUGGUUUUUGAGAGUACUAGGAAAAUGGUUAACACAUAAGUAGAAAUAGAAAAUAGGGGAAGAAAAUAUAAAUAGAGUGAGAGCAUUCAUUCAUGUAUCUUCUUUCGAACAAUGUGCAGUCAGAUUUUUAUUUUUAUUUUUGGGUCUUUAUCCUUUUGAUGUAUAAUGCCAAUGUAAAUAUAAAGGGGUUAGCACACCCAUCAUCCGCGUAAAGAUUGCAGUUCUGAGUUUCUGUUGCUAUUUUAUUCAGUAGAAACCGGCUACUGCAAAAUCCACGGUCCGGAUGCUAAUGUAAGUGUGGACUAAUGCUAACUUUAAGAUCUAGGAAGCAUUUGGAGUUUCUCUCAGAGGAAAAAAAGGAGGGAGCAUUUGGAGUUUGGACUAAUUUGAUGUGAAGGAUUUUGAGCGAGCUCUUUUGAAGAGAUAACUUACAGGGAAUAAUGCAUCAUUUGCUGGGUUUUGGCGAAUUGCCUAUUUGCUGAACAACUCUAUAGCAGUAGGUAUGCCAUAGGAGAUCGCUGAUUGUCAGUGUCGGUACUUAUAUCUGUAUCUGUAACUGUAUCUGUAUGGAAGAGAUGCUAUGAUUAUUUAAAGUAUCUUUACCGAAGAGAUGCGAAAAGGUGUUUUGGAUCAAUGGGCAGUGUCAUAAUAAAAUGCCCGAUUGGCAUGGCUUUUUAUAUUUUAA